CUCCAUGACUUCCCCUUCAAACAGCGAGCGACGCGGGGCAUCUUAUAGAAGAGGCAUUGCACCAGCGUUAUCCCCGCACUGAUCACACAUUUUAGUUCAGAACGCCGCCACUACCCUUACUUUCGUUGGAGCAGGUACAGUAGUUUCCCUUCUCAAGGUUUUGCGAGGAUCAGCGACUUUCCCUCAGAUUAGUCGAAGUAGAGUAUCGAGAGCGAAAAUAGUCUCACUUUGCGCGAGAAUCUAGGCAGCUUUAUCAGUGAGCUCGGAAGCAUGUUUUGACUGCGUGUGUGCUUGCAGUAGUAGUGUGGCAGAGCUUUCCGAUGCGUGGACGAGUGGCUGGCUUCCAGCAGCAGCGAAGCAGCAGCAGCAGCUGAUCCUCGGGGGCUCCCAAUGCGGGGAGGCCUCCUCGGAGUAUGGCAACAUCCGCUGCUGCACUCGAGCGAUUGGGCCCCAUGGUGUUGGCACGGCGCUGCAUCGCGUACGCCAGCAAGGGUGCCGCCGCUGAGACACAGCCCAAGGAUAAGUCACGCACGGUCCAGUCCUUCUACAACCAGUCGGCCAUCGACGUCGCCGCCGCCAAGCCUUCGGUGCGGUUGACGCCAACGACCAUCCUGUACUCGGGCAAGUCUCCCGAUGGCAGCCACUUGCUGCGCAGCGCCCAGUACCUGCACAAGGAGCUUCCGGUGAGAAUCGCCCAUCGCAUCGCAGGCUUCCGGAACCUGCCCUUCAUUGUGGGCUGCAACCCCACCAUCCUGGCUGUGCAUGAGCUGUACACUCAAACAUUCUACCUGCUCACGGAGAUACCCCCGGUGACAGACUUUGACUCGGAGAGCCGCUACUCUGAGACUGUGCAGCAAGUCUUGGACGACCACAAAGAUGUGGUUACACAACUUGCAGCUGGCUUCAAGGAAUGCCGGAAGCACAUUAAGCAAGAUGAACUGGUGAAGACUUUCCUUGACCGUACCCUGACAUCACGGCUGGGAAUGCGCAUGCUUGCCGAACACCACAUAGCCCUGCGCAAGGACAGGCCACAUCACGUGGGCAUCAUCGACACUGCGAUGAGGCCUAAAGAUGUCAUUGAGAAGUGGGCCGACUUUGUACGGCAAGUGUCAGUGCACAAGUACGGUAAGGCGCCUCCUUUCAAGUACAAUGGACACCUGAACUGCUCCUUUCCAUAUAUUCAGAUGCCCCUAGAUUACAUCAUUCCCGAGCUGCUCAAGAAUGCUGUCCGUGCUACAGUGGAAAAUCACAUGGACAGCCCGGAAUCUAGUCUUCCUCCAGUAACUAUUACCAUUGCCAACAAUGACAUCGACUUCAUCAUCAGGAUAUCCGACCGAGGAGGUGGCAUUCCCCACGACCAUCUCGCCCAGAUAAUGCAGUACCACUUCUCGACGGCUGGCUCUUAUGAGGGCCAGUAUGACGGUGGUCUGCUGGCCACCAUGAUGAACAGCCCCACGGACGGGCCUGCUGGAGGACCUAUGCACGGGUUUGGCUUUGGCCUUCCCACAUCUCGAGCGUAUGCUGAGUACCUUGGUGGGACCCUUACGUUUGAGACUCUCCAGGGCAUUGGCACCGACGUUUACCUGCGCCUGCGGCACAUCGAUGGCAAAUGUGAGAGCUUCCGCAUCUGAGCCAUCUCCUCUGCCAGUCACCACUGCUGUUCUCUCAUGGGCUGCCUCUAGUUCUGCACUGACUUGUAGUGCUUCUGUUCAUGCUACUUGCUUGCUGCAGGGGAAAAAAAGAGCAGUGGACUGUUCUCAAUGCCUGAAAACUUACUCAACUAUAUGUCUUGCUGAAUGAGGUUUAUUUGUUUCAUCUGGUUUUCUGAGAAUUGUGUGCUAAUUAUAUAGGGCCUUGUCACAGUUUUUUCGUUGAAAAGAUUUAUUGCACUCAGUCGGCCACAGCUUUCUUUUUCUUCUUAUCCAAGAGGGCCAGGUAUCGCGCAAGUGUGUUAUUUCAAAAUUAUUACUGAAAUGAGGAUUUAAAGUUCAAGCAGUGUUAUUUUAUUCAUUAUGCCCCCUUCUUGUAAGCAUGGACAGUAAUAAAAGUGCAUUUGGAUGAAAGGUGCCGAUGCAGUAUCAUUGCUUUUAAAUCAGCAAAAUUUCGCUCUUACAGUAGUGUUUUGUGAUGUCUUCUUGUUUGUAUUGUUAGACUUGACUUGCAAUGCGGUGCAUGCCUAAUUUGUAUAGAUAUUUUGGGCUCAUUAGUGCUUAGAGGGACACUAAAAUGAAGUGGAGAAAUGGUUUACAUUGACAAAUUGUACUUUGAAAGCUCAAGUGACAAUAAUUGCUGUGUUAUAGGUUUAUUAAUGGAGGAGAAAAUUGAGGUCAAAGUAUAAUUUACAGACUUCAUGCAAAAGUCUCUGCCCAUGGUGUCAGGGAUUUCGAAGUGUUUUUUUAUAUUUCUGUGACAUUGGCUGAACAAAAUUUUCUGAAACGUGGUCUAUGGUUCUCUGAGAGGACAGUGUACAGUAGGCUCAUAAAAGAGAGCCUAUAGGAACCUGGAAAAACUGUUCUGUUUAAAAGAGGAGUUCUGUUCACUAAGAGAUAAAUAAAGGUGUAGAAUCCAAGUAUAAAACCAAUUGUGCUGGAGGCAGCUGUUCCAUUUAAGCAGCAGCUGCGGUACCAGGUGUCCUCUCAUGGUAACAACGGUCAUUUGAUCUUGUCGAAAGGUAGUUCACUAAUUACAAAUCGUUAUUCUGCAUAGUGUCUUUCGAAAGGCCUCUGUGCCUUUUAUGUUGGUUCAGUGUUUUGUAGUGAUGCAUUAUGCACUGCAAUGCCUUAGCGUUUUUUGUAGUGGCAAUAAACUUGGGUGGCCAACAGGUUCAGCCAGCUGUGAGUGGUGGAUCCAGCAUAGAACAAAGCAUGCUUGCCCAUUUCAGGAUUUGGAAGAUUCCUAGACUAGGGUUAAAAAAAGCAAGCUUGCACAUCUUUUUAUGUGUUUUUCAAGGCCCCAGUAACGUCACAGCGAGCUCUCAAUGAUAGCCAAGGAAGCUUUUAUAAAUUUGUAACUUUAUUACACAGGCAGGCAUGUAUAAUGGAGGGGAGGAAUGUGCUGUGUCUCGUGACAGCUCGUGGUGCCUUCUCAAUUUGGAUGCGACGCUGUUGUACAGCAGUGUAGCUGGACUAAAUAUUACUCUGCAGCAAAACUAACAUGAGCUUUUCUGUGUAUGGCUGUUCAGUUGUGCAAGCGCACUGUUUUAUGAUCUUCAGUGACUGAAGGAGCAGCACUGUGAUGCAGAGAGACAUUGUUUCUGUUUUUGAGGUGCUCAUCAGAUCACAAAAGCCACCGGUGAACAUGUUCGAUGCCUCCCACCAGUCAAUGGAGAGGGUCAUCUGGCACACCUGGAAAGCUGUUGGCAUUUGUCUGGGACUGAAAGCUUUCAAACCCCUGUCAUUUAAAGUUGUUCUCACAUUCUUUUUAAAUUCAGCUGCCCUUUGUUGGAGACUUCGUUAGAAAUGUUUGUUAGAGACUUCAGCACAUAAUGAUGGAAUGAAGUUGCAAAAAAAUUUUUUGUAGGCAUGUGCUUUGUGUUCAUGCAUCUGCCCACACACUUCUUGGCACUUAAUUCACUUAUAUGGCAAAGAGACACAGAAGAAAUUGUCGCUCGUGAGCGCAGUUUUUGGGCAUUUGUACUUGAUGCAAGCUGCACAUUGUCUCUCUUCUCUGUGUCCAUGCAUUUGUGUGCAGACGCCAUGUUUUAAUGGCGUACUGAUGAAUGCUGAGGAGGCCAUGCUUGGUUGUAAGCACGGUGCUCUGUCUUCCUCUGCUCAGCUGCGAGUGUCACACGUGAUGGCCACGUAGGUAUAGACUGUGUCUCGGAUGUAGUGCGGGUGAGUGCCAGAGCUAGGAGGGUGCCCCCUAAAGGUUUUGGAUGUUUAUAGCCCCAAGGUUUGAUCCCCCCUUUAAGCACUUAUGCCCUGUCACUACAUGCUUUCUUGGAAACAUUUCGGUGCGCCCACAGUGGACGCAAAAAUGGAAGGUGAGAAGACGACUCGCCCAACUUUCCAUACUACUACUAGAUGCACUAUUUAGGGUCACCAAAAUCUGUCUAGGUACGGCAUCAGUGUCUUGUGCCUUGCCCUAAAUGUCAUGCACGAAGGGCUUAUUCACCAGUGAAUUAUGCAACAUGGUGGUCAGUCAACCUGUGUUGAAAUGCACAAGUCGGGCCUUUUGUGUAGUCGACUGGGUUGAGCAGUUGCUUUCACAUUUCUUUUGGCCCCUCCGCUGCUCAAGAGGAAGUUACCACGCAUAGCAUAUUUUUUGACUUGGGUUGUAAUUUUCAGUGUAAAGAAAAUUUUGCUAGGGUCAUUGCUAGGGUCAUUUAAUGUUGUGUAAAUGCUUGUAUGCUGUGGAAUCAUGUGGGUGUGAAGUGUGUAGCUUAGGUGGUGCAAUAAAUUGUCCAAUUGUUGCUUUCAA